AUCGGGUCCCCGGGGCUGGCGUGGGCCCCGCCCCGCACGGCUCGCCUUCAGUCCGCGAGUCGCUCCCGGGACCGCCGGCGCGCCUAAAUACAGCUCGCGGUGACGCGGCGCCGGGCGGGCGGGCAUUGUUGCCCCGUCGUGAGUCAGUCGGCGGGUCCAGUCGCCGCGGUUAUUUCCGGCCGCGCGGUGUGCGCUCGGGGUGCUCCCCCGCGCCCCUGCAGCGUGUUGCGCCGGCAGCAGGCCGCAGCACCGCGCCGCUAGCGAGCUCGGCCGCCGCCAUGGCCACCAGGUCUCCCUCGCCGCGCAGCUCGUCGUACGGGCGCGCCAACACCCUGCUGGCCGCCGGCAGGACGCCCUUCAAGAGCCGUCGCGACUGGGACAGGCACUUCGACGCCUUGCUCGCGGACCUGCAGAACACCGUGUCCCCGGGGGCGGCGCCGGGGGCGGGGGCGGCGCCCGGCUACGGCUCGCUCAACGGCUCCCGCGCCAGGGAGGUCGUAGUCGAGCGCUACGACGUGCCGCCGCCCGCCGCCCCCUCCUCCUCCUCCUGCUCCCCGACCUACCAGAACCAGCGGGUGAUCCACGAGACGGUGACCACGACCAAGACGACGUACCCGCAGAGUCCCCCGGCCUCCAGCAAGAUGCCGUCGCUCAACAGCAACCUGUUCGAGCUGGACACCUUGCUGCAGGACCUCAGCAACGCCCGCUACUCGGGCUUCUCGGAGCACAGGGAUUCAGGUGUGAGCAAUGGAACACUCGGAGGACGACCACCAAGUAGCCAAGAAACAAGAGUUCGGCCUUCAGUGGACAGCUUAUUGGAUGAGUUGAACACUGCUGUUCCCAAUGGGGACCUGGGCUCCUCGACGGCCGUGUACCAGGAGACACGGACAGAGGUCACGGGGGGCUACCCGGGCCACACCAGCCCCGCGCCCGCGGCGGGAGCCUCCUCCGCCACCAAGGAGCUGGACGAUCUGAUGGCAUCUCUGUCCGACUUCAAGAUCACCGCCAGCUCCCACCAGCACCAGACGGUCACCGACUCGCCGUACGCCAAGCCCAACAAGGCCACCAAGAGCUCCCCGUCGCCCGUCCUCGCCGCCGCCAAGCAGAACCAACUCGACUCGAUGCUCGGGAACCUGCAGGCCGACAUGAGCAGGCAGGGCGUGAACACCACGCAGAAGGGCUGCUGCAACGCCUGCGACAAGCCCAUCGUGGGCCAGGUGAUCACGGCGCUGGGCAAGACCUGGCACCCAGAGCACUUCACUUGCAACCACUGCAACCAGGAGCUGGGGACGCGCAACUUCUUCGAGCGGGACGGCCACCCGUACUGCGAGCCCGACUACCACAACCUGUUCUCGCCCCGCUGCGCCUACUGCAACGGGCCCAUCCUGGACAAAUGCGUGACGGCCCUGGAGAAGACCUGGCACACCGAGCACUUCUUCUGCGCCCAGUGCGGCAAGCAGUUCGGGGAGGACGGCUUCCACGAGCGCGACGGCAAGCCCUACUGCCGCAACGACUACUUCGACAUGUUCGCUCCCAAGUGCGGGGGGUGCAACCGGCCCAUCAUGGAGAACUACAUCUCCGCGCUGAACAGUCAGUGGCAUGCUGACUGCUUUGUUUGUCGGGACUGCCGGCAGCCCUUCCACGGGGGUUCCUUCUUCGACCAUGAGGGCUUGCCGUACUGCGAGACUCACUACCACGCCAAGCGAGGCUCCCUCUGUGCUGGCUGCCACAAGCCAAUCACAGGCCGCUGCAUCACGGCCAUGUUCCGCAAGUUCCACCCGGAGCACUUUGUGUGCGCGUUCUGCCUGAAGCAGCUCAACAAGGGCACGUUCAAGGAGCAGAACGACAAGCCCUACUGCCACUCCUGCUUCGACAAGCUGUUCGGCUGAUCAGCGCAACAGCUGCACUCUUUCAACCAGCCAUACUCUUCAUAGGCUCUAUUUUUAUAGUGGCUUGCAGCGUUCUGCGGCUCCUGAGUGCACAUUCUUUUACUUUGCUUACAAUUUUACAGUAAACCUAUACAAAACUUUGAAAUUUCUUUUUGAAAUUGUUUGUGUACGUUAAUUUUAACUUAACUAUUAAGGUGUAUUUUUUAAAAAAUAAAAGUGGUAAUACGUGAACCAGGUGGGUGCUAAAAAGUAUGAUUUGUGUGUAAAAGAAAAAAAAACAUAUAAUCUCACUCAGAUGCACACGAAUAAUACAAUUUUUCUAAGCCUGGUAACAUUUUAUAAUAGGAAUAUGUGUUUAGAAUUUAUUCUCUCGCAAAUAUUAUGAAUGGUGUUAGUAAUAACUAGCAGAUGUUUUUAUGUUCAUUGUGUUGUAAAUGCGUAUAGCAGCAGUUCAGUAAGUAGUAAACUUACUAAUAGCAAGAAGUACAACUACAGAAUAAAGGAUUUAAGGUUAAUGAAAUGCCUUUAAGAUUCAAUUGCAUUUAGUAGUUUUUUUUUGUUUGGAAUCUAUUCUACCUAUAUAAAUAUUGUUCACAAUAUGAAGUAGGUAGCUUUAAUUUUUGCUUAAUGCAGCAUCUUUAACCAUUGUUGUUAUUUGGUAAUUGGUAAAUACUAAAAGCACAAAAAUAUUGCAUGUUUUGCCCAUCAUUGAUGUAAAAAUUACUUUAAAUUUUAGCUCUGGUCCGAGAGAGUGUUCCUAUAUUACUGCAUUAAUUAUUGUGAAGAAAAGUAAAGUGUGUAAUUUUUCCCAAAUUUUAAGUACAACACCGGGAAUAUAAAGAAAUAUUUUUAUAUUUUAUUAUAUUAAGCAGUUUUAGUUCUAUAACAACUUACAUAAUUUAGAUAAACCGACGGUUACAUUAACUCAUCUAAACAUAUAUAUAAAUAUAUAGAACAUUUUAGGAAAAUUUUGUAUACAUAUGUAUUUGAUAGCAUGCAAGAUAAUUUUAAUAUAGUUUGUGGCUUUCAAAACUAAUACAAGUUCAUGACCAAACAUUUUGGAUCCAUCCCUAAAUACUUUUAAAAAUAAAUGGCAAAUUUUAGAGUUUUGUGAUACCGGAACUCUAUACAUUAUAAUCAAAAUUGAGGGGAAAAAAACUGUUCUAAACUGAAAAUGAAACAACUUUUACCAAAUUAAACAUAACAUUAUUUUUAACAAUACAUGUUUGUGACAAAAUUGUUCAGUUUUAAAUAUUGGUCUCGCUGAAGCCAUUAAUCAUAUUGUGUGCCAUUUCGUCUUCAACUGCGGCAAGUUCUGUAUGUAUGCCUAAAUGUGGUUAAGAAUUUGCGACAAGAUGCGAGCAGCGAACCUUAGUACGAGGAGGGACACAGAAAUAACUGGGGUCAUGAUGUUGCGCAUAUGCACUUGUGGCACCAGUUUUCACUGCUAGGGAGUCAGUCUGCCAAGUGGUGGCACCCGAAAAUUAUGUGUGUGGCUUCUCUGGCAGUUCUAUGUGUUUUUAGUGCACUUUUGUUUUUUACUUGGCAGGAACACAGCGGAAACUUCACACUUGCACGUUGUUCGUGAGAAUCGGCCAUUUUUCCAUAUAAAAAAUGCACUAAAGACACACAUACAGAACAGUCAGAGAAACCACAUUCAUUUUCGGGUGGCACCACUUGGCAGAGGUCCUACAACAGCACUUCAGAGGUGAAAACUGGCGCUACAAGUACAUGAUGCGCAAUGUUAAGAUUCCUGUUAUUUUUUGGUUCCCCACUCAUAAAUUGCCUAAACUUGGAUGGGCCUACAUGUUUUUAGAACUUAUUUUGUAUUUGUUUAUCUUGUGAAAAAUUGAGUUUAUUACAGUUGUUACACAUAUAAUAUUGUGAAGUGUGUUAAGUCUUCCUAUCAAUACAAUCCUGUAUCAUCUUUUUUAACCUGUGUCUGCAUGUACAGUGUGCGUGUGUAUUUCUAUGAAAUGUAGAAGUUGUAAAAUAUUACUAAGGUGUAUUGUUUCAAAAUAUUGUGUAAAAGUUUUAAACGUGUUGACUAGUAAAUUCUAGAGAAGUUACUCUCAUUUAUAAAA